GAGAAAGUCACACCCAUUCAUUCCGACUUCGUAGGGAUAUAUACUACAAAGUCUUCAGCCUCGACAGAAAAGAAUGCUCAUCCACUUCCCCGUAGCUUUUCUACAGCUCUUCAUCCAACAAUCUCCUCGUCCUUCUCCUUCUUCGGCCCUUUUCAUCUUUCUUCUUUCCUUGUUAUCCUUCGUCUCUCCGGUUUCGCUUUCCUCUUCCUUCGUUACCUUCCUCUUCUUUCCCUCAUGCAGGUACAUAAAUAAGUGGAUAUUUUAAGAUGUUCCGAAACCACGAAGUGCCAGGUAAAGGCAUCGGCGUCUUCGCUACGCAGCCGAUCGCCGCGGGCGUAAUGAUCCUCUCAGAGAAGCCGAUCGUGAAAGUCCCACCAUUCUCGCUCGACCCAAACGCCAAAAUCUUGCAACAACUUCAAGCCCGCAGCAAAGACGAGAGAAACGCCUUCUUCGCCCUCGCAAACAACUACCCCGACACGACACCUGUCAUGGGUAUAGUGAAGACAAAUGCCAUGCCGCUCGGCAGUGGAGCCCAGACUGGCGGACUAUUCCUGCAAUGCUCGCGCUUCAACCAUAGUUGCACGUCGAACGCCGCUUAUUCCUGGAACGAUGAUAUCAAGGAAGAGCGGAUCUUCUCCCUCUUCGACAUCGCCGAUGGAGAAGAGAUCACCGUCACCUACCUUACGGAUAAGAUGUGGUCUCUGCCCCGUGAUCAGAGACGAGAAGCCAUCUGGGAGGAAUAUCGCUUCCGAUGUGAAUGUGUUCGCUGCACCGGUGCUUUGGAUUCGGGUCGAAAGGCUAGCGAUGAACGUCGCGUCCGCCUAGGUCAGAUCCAUGAGCAGGUCGGCAACGGCAUGCUCAUGGUCACCAAGCCCAGCACUGCACUCGGUCUGUGUCGCGAAGCCAUCGAGCUGAUCCGCGCAGAGGGAGAAGGUGCCUGUCGUCUCGAAGGUAUCUACUACGACGCUUUCCAAAUCUGCAUCUGCCACGGGGACGUGGCGCUCGCCAAGGCUUUCAUACGUCUGUUUAUUCAAACGGCAAAGGCUUGGAAAGGUGAUGAUGCGUUGGGUUUUGUGGAGCUGGCCCGUCUCGAACAUGAUCCGAAAUUACACGCAAAUGCCUUCACUACGAAGCGUUGGGCUACUGCCAUCACCUCGCCACCGGGAUCGCUUGCCGGUGAAGAGGAGUGGCUCUGGCGUCGAGCUGCUCGAUCUUGAAGCUCUGGAGGCAGUGGCGGGCCUGGGGAUGUUCAUUUCGAGGGCGUGUGCCAGAAAGCGAAUGCGGAAAUGCAUGGGGGCGAGAGCAAACCCGUAUAUCCUUCAGUUGUCGAUUGAGAUGGCGCUUCUUUGAGCGGUUAUCAUUUCUUUGGUAGAGAGGCUGAUGGUACUUUCUACAUGUAGGGUAUAUGAGAUUUUGGUUCGAAUUCGACGACCGAAUUUAUCAUUGUUAUAAUUUAUUAUCAUUAUCAUUAUACGCUUUU